CCGUGCCAAGGCUAAAAUUUCGGAUGCCCCGCAUCAACACGGGAGUGCCAAAGUCUCGACGUUUCUGAGAAUGCCCCAGACGAAGAAGUCCAAAAGCGAUGCGUUUGGCUCCGGCCAGCCACCCGGUGCGGACCGGGGAGAGUCGCACCUGCUCGCCGGACCCCGGGACCCAGGGGAAAACCUCGGAGACCCGCAGAUUGUCAAAUCGCCAAGUGACCCCAAGCAAUACAGGUACAUUGAAUUGACCAAUGGGCUGCGAGCACUGCUGAUCUCAGACUUCAGCCAACUGGAUGGGAAGGCGGCCUCCGACGACGAGGACGAUUCGGAGGAGGAGGAGGAGGAGGAGGAGGAGGAAGGGGAGGAAGAGGAGAGUGGGGAAGAAGAAGGGGACUCAGGGGAGGGUACAGAGGAGGACGAGGGGGAGGAAGAGGACGAACAGGACAGUGAUUUUGAGGAACUGGAUGAGGACAGUGAAGGGAAGAAGAAGAAAGGGAAGUCAGAGAAACAGUCUGCAGCUGCUCUGUGUAUUGGAGUGGGGAGCUUCAGUGACCCUAACGACCUGCCUGGCUUGGCCCAUUUUCUGGAACACAUGGUGUUCAUGGGCAGUGAGAAGUACCCCGCAGAGAACGGCUUCGACGCUUUCCUGAAGAAACACGGCGGGAGCGACAACGCCUCCACCGACUGCGAGAGGACCAUCUUCCAGUUCGACGUGCAGAGGAAGCACUUCCGGGAGGCGCUGGACAGGUGGGCUCAGUUCUUCAUCUGCCCGCUGAUGAUCAAAGACGCCAUCGACAGGGAGGUGGAGGCGGUGGACAGCGAGUAUCAGCUGGCCAAACCCUCUGACUCGCACCGUAAGGAGAUGCUGUUUGGCAGCCUGGCCAAGCCCGGUCACCCCAUGGGAAAGUUCUGCUGGGGGAAUGCUCAGACCCUGAAACAUGAACCCCGAGAGAAGAAGAUUGACACCUACAAGCGUCUGCGUGAAUUCUGGGAGCAGCAUUACUCUGCCCACUACAUGACCCUGGCCGUGCAGUCCAAAGAGAGCCUAGAUACACUGGAGGAGUGGGUUACAGAAAUAUUCAGCAAAAUCCCCAACAAUGGGCAGCCCAAACCUGACUUCUCUGACAUGCAGAACCCCUUUGAUACCCCAGCCUUCAGUAAGCUGUACCGAGUGGUACCCGUGCGAAAGGUGCAUGCCCUCACCAUCACCUGGGCACUACCACCCCAGGAGAAGUAUUACAGGGUGAAGCCUCUCCAUUACAUCUCCUGGCUGAUUGGUCAUGAAGGCACUGGCAGCAUCCUCUCUCUGCUGAGGAAGAAGUGCUGGGCUCUGGCGCUGUUUGGGGGCAACAGUGAGACGGGCUUUGAUCAGAACACCACCUACUCCAUCUUCAGCAUCUCCAUCACGCUGACCGACGAGGGCUUCCAGAACUUCUACCAGGUGUCUCACCUGGUGUUCCAGUACCUGAAGAUGUUGCAGACACUGGGCCCCCAGCAGAGAAUAUAUGAAGAAAUUCAGAAGAUUGAAGCCAAUGAGUUUCGUUACCAGGAGCAGACUGACCCUAUUGAGUAUGUGGAGGAUAUCUGUGAGAAUCUGCAGCUCUUCCCCAAAGAGGAUUUCCUGACCGGAGACCAGCUCAUGUUUGAGUACAACCCCGAGGUGAUUUCGGCUGCCCUCACCCUCCUGACCCCGGAGCGGGCCAACCUGAUGCUGCUGUCUCCGGAGCACGAGGGCCGCUGUGAGCUGAAGGAGAAAUGGUUCGGCACGCAGUACAGCGUGGAGGAUAUUCAGCAGGAGUGGAGAGAUCGAUGGGCAAGCGAUUACGAGCUGAACUCUGACCUGCAUCUCCCAGCAGAGAAUAAGUUCAUUGCUACGGAUUUCGCCCUAAAAACCUCCGACUGCCCCGACACCGAGUUUCCUGUUAGAAUCGUCAACAAUGAGAGAGGCUGUCUGUGGUUCAGGAAAGACAAUAAAUUCAAGAUUCCUAAAGCUUAUGUCCGUUUCCACCUCAUCUCACCUGUCAUCCAGAGGUCGCCUGAGAACCUGGUUCUGUUCGACCUCUUCGUGAACAUCCUGGCGCACAGCCUGGCGGAGCCGGCCUACGAGGCUGACGUGGCCCAGCUGGAGUACAAGCUGGUGGCCGGAGAGCACGGCCUGGUCAUCAAGGUCAAAGGGUUCAACCACAAACUGCCCUUGCUGUUUAACCUGAUUGUGGAUUACCUGGUGGAUUUCUCCGCUGCACCAGACGUCUUCUCCAUGUUUGUGGAGCAGCUGAAGAAGACGUACUUCAACAUCCUCAUCAAACCCGAGAAACUGGGCAAAGACGUACGGCUGCUGAUCCUGGAACAGGCGCGCUGGUCAGUCAUACAGAAGUACCAGGCCAUAAUGAAGGGGCUCACUGUGUCCGACCUGAUGGAGUUUGCCCACAGUCUGAAGUCCGAACUGUAUGCCGAGGGGCUCGUCCAGGGCAACUUCACCAGCGCUGAGGCGAUGCAGUUUCUGCAGUAUGUGACAGAAAAGCUGCAGUUCAAGCCUCUGUCAGUAGAGGUCCCUGUUCUCUUCCGAGUGGUGGAGCUGCCUGAGAAGGCACACCUGUGUAAGGUCAAAUCCCUCAACAAAGGAGACGCCAACUCUGAGGUCACCGUCUACUACCAGUCUGGUCCCAGGGCUCUGAGGGAGCACACCCUGAUGGAGCUGCUGGUGAUGCACAUGGAGGAGCCCUGCUUUGACUUCUUGAGGACCAAGGAGACGCUAGGGUACCAUGUCUACCCCACCUGCAGAAACACUUCUGGAGUUCUGGGCUUCUCUGUUACUGUGGAGACACAGGCCACAAAGUUCAACUCUGAGCUGGUGGAAGCAAAGGUAGAGGAGUUCCUGGUCAGUUUUGGGAAGAAGAUGAGCGCUCUGACAGAUGAGGCCUUCAAGACGCAGGUGACGGCCCUGAUCAAGCUGAAGGAAUGUGAGGACACCCACCUGGGGGAGGAGGUGGACAGGAACUGGUUUGAAGUGGUUACCCAGCAGUACGUCUUCGACCGGCUCAACAGAGAGGUGGACGCCCUCAGGUUGAUGACGAAGGCAGAGCUGCUCUCCUGGUUCCAGGAGCACCGAGGCCCACACAGCCGCAAGCUCAGCGUGCACGUGGUGGGCUUUGGGGAGGAGGAGGGGGACCCUGCAGGGCAAGGCGGAGAGCAGGAAGGGGUGGACCCUCAGUGCUCCUCUUACGGGGAAGUGUCCAGGCUGAACUUCCUGCCUGCUUCACCUCGGCUGGCCGACGCCACCGUCAUCUCAGACAUCCGAGCUUUCACCUCCUCCCUAAACCUGUACCCCUACCACAAGAUCCUCAAAUAACGGAGCCCCCUGGGGCUCCCCGGUUGCCUGGACUGCUGCUCCCCCCCACCCCCUGUCUCGCACAAUGAAACUCCAGCAGCAGACAGCACACUCGCCUUCCACCUUUGCACCACAGAACCUUUCAUUCUGAAAGAGACGUGAAAGUAGCAGAAAUCCUUUCCUGAACUCUGGCUUUGAAAAGGGAAACCUCACAUUUAGCUGUGUCAUUAGCUUGGGUCAGAGGUCAGAGGUCAGAGGUUUAUUGGGGUGGUUUCCAAGGUGAUAUCUGGGUUUAGCUUUGGUAUUCCUCUGCUGGCUGGGGCUUCACUGACCAAAAAAAAACAUUGAAGUGUGUAUUUUAGCGAUAGGUAUGCAGUGUACUAAUGAACCCGUGCUGUGAUGUUACACUGGCAGAAAGAAAGUGAAUUACACUAGUGUGAGUGCAGUGAAGACAUGAUGAGUGUGACAGUUUUAAAGUCAUGUUUUUAACCUGGAUUUUGGCCAUGGGGACAGACGGAGGGAAGGAGGAGGACCCAGGCAGAACUGUGAAGAAACAUGGUGUAGGGAAAAAACAGGGCAUCGUUCCUCUUUUACUCGAUAAAAAGAGAACUGCUUCCAGUCCCUCUGUGAAAACCUGCCUGUUUGAAUGGAAACUCUUCAAAUGUAUAUUUAUUAAAGAUACAGA